GGUGAGACGCGGACGGCACGCAGAGAGACGCCGGGUCAACGCGCCAGGUAACAACGCCUCAGGACACCCGCUGACGUCCUCGUCGACGUCCUUGUCGUUGUCCUCGACGUGAACGCGAACGGCGGACGCGCCGUGAUUCCUCUCGAAACGCGGACAGCCCGUCUCGUUCCACGGAUAAUAUGAUGUCCUUCCACGCCGCCUCCUGGAGUUUCGCCCUCCUCGCGGCCACGGUCGCGUUGCUGCCCGCCACGCAUCGUGCUCCGUUCGCCCAAGCCGCAACCGGCGGAGGCAAUAUGCUGGGUGACGUCAACAUCUCCGCGAUAUUGGACUCGUUCUCCGUCAGUUACGAUAAAAGAGUAAGGCCGAACUACGGAGGUCCACCAGUGGAGGUCGGCGUCACCAUGUAUGUCCUCAGCAUCAGCUCCGUGUCCGAAGUGUUGAUGGACUUCACGCUGGAUUUCUACUUCCGGCAAUUCUGGACGGACCCGAGGCUCGCGUUCAAACCACGAACGGGCGUCGAGACGCUCAGCGUCGGCUCGGAGUUCAUCAAGAACAUCUGGGUGCCCGACACCUUCUUCGUCAACGAGAAGCAGUCGUACUUUCACAUCGCCACCACCAGCAACGAGUUCAUUCGUAUUCAUCACUCGGGAAGCAUCACGCGUAGUAUACGUUUAACGAUCACAGCAUCGUGUCCAAUGAACCUGCAAUACUUUCCGAUGGACCGACAGCUCUGCCAUAUCGAGAUCGAGAGCUUCGGAUACACCAUGAGGGACAUCCGGUACAAGUGGAACGAGGGCCCGAACAGCGUCGGUGUCAGCAACGAGGUCUCCCUCCCUCAGUUCAAGGUCCUUGGUCACCGUCAACGAGCCAUGGAGAUUAGUCUAACUACCGGAAAUUAUUCGCGGCUGGCCUGCGAGAUCCAGUUCGUACGGUCGAUGGGCUACUACCUGAUUCAAAUCUACAUUCCCUCGGGCUUGAUCGUCAUAAUCUCAUGGGUGAGCUUUUGGCUGAACCGAAACGCGACCCCCGCUCGGGUGGCCCUCGGAGUAACCACUGUGCUCACCAUGACCACUCUAAUGUCCUCGACGAACGCGGCGUUACCGAAAAUCUCCUACGUGAAGUCCAUCGACGUCUAUUUGGGAACCUGUUUCGUCAUGGUGUUCGCCUCGUUGCUCGAAUACGCCACGGUGGGCUACAUGGCAAAGAGGAUUCAAAUGAGGAAGAAUCGCUUCCAAAAAAUAGCAGAAAGUAUGAAGGCGGCGAGAGAGAAUCCAGGACCGCCCGGAGUGCCCGGUGAUCACGGAGACCACGCGCCUAAGCAAACUUGGUCCCGUGUUGUCCAGGAGGUGCGGUUCAAGGUACACGACCCAAAGGCACACAGCAAAGGUGGGACACUCGAGAACACCAUAAACGGACGAGCCGACGAGGAAGCAGCGCCCGCGCCGCAACAUCUUAUUCAUCCUGGCAAGGACAUCAGCAAACUUUACGGUAUUACGCCGUCGGAUAUCGACAAGUAUUCCCGCAUCGUGUUCCCAGUAUGCUUCGUCUGUUUCAACCUAAUGUAUUGGAUCAUAUAUCUGCACAUCAGCGAUGUCGUGGCGGACGAUCUGGUGCUACUGGAGGAGGCGAAGUAAACGGAGAAACGGGACGAUCGGUGCGCGCGUACCAUUAUAAGGAACGUGCGAUCAAAGACAGAGACGAAAGUAUUUAAAAAAAAUAAUAAUAAUAAACAAACGAAAAGAACAAACACGACACACGUACCCGACACGCGUACACACGCGCGCAAAAAUAUACACGCCAUAUAUAUACACAUAUAUAUAUACACACACACAAACACAUACACAUACACACACAGAGAGAAAGCG